UUUAAUUAUUUACAAGUGUUCAUUACACACCGGAUACAUUUUAUUCAACAGAAUGAAUAAAUAAUAACCGCAUCAUAACAAUAUACUGAAUCAUUGAUAUUUCAUUAAUUUACUAGGUUGAACCAGUCAUUAUGAUGAGAGUCCAGUGUCUAGUGCUUGCAGUCAUUCUCUCUGCUGAUGCAAUCAACCGUUCUGUCUACAAAAUAGUUCUCACUCAAAAAGGAUUUGCGCAGUUUCUUCAAUAUGACGUGGAAUCACCACCGAUAAGAGAGUUUACCUUUUGCACAUGGCUACGCUUUUUUGAUCUAUCUGGUGAUCAGAGCGUAUUCACUUAUGUAGUAAAUGGUAGCAACCGUGUGGUAAGGCUGUGGCUUGGCUCCGGUGGUCGACACAUCAAAAUAUCAAUGAAUGGGCGAUCUUCUUCGAGUGCAUUGGUCGAUAUAACUAAAAAUACAUGGCGACACAUUUGCCUCUCCUACCAAUCAGACUUCGGUGCGUGGGCACUUUAUGUAGACGGGAGACUUACAUCCUGCGAGGCUGCACAAAGUCUACAUGGUUUUGUGAUACCCGGGGGCGGCAGCAUUGUUAUCGGUUAUGGCAUCACUGACGCAGAACACCCGAAUGGAUUGGAAGGUGAAAUAUUCGGAGCAAACAUGAUACUUACCUCAACAAUAGAACGAAAUUAUUCAAUUAAAAGUAAUCCACAAUACCGUCAAAAACUUUUUAAUAGAAAUAAACUUCUUGGGAACAAUGACAUUAAGUAUGUUGUUUUAAGCGAUUUGGAAAUCGAAACGAUACAAGAAUCUUCCGAGGCACCGAAAUUUUCAUCUUACAACACAACUCGGAAUUUCAUAAAAUUCACUACGCCUUAUAGCGCAAUAGAACACGACGUUGGCUUUGAUUUAUCACCAAACAAAAUUAAGCCGGUUGAGACUUCAAAUGAAAAAGAAAUUUUAGAUUUUUCAGUCAUUGACAAUAGAUUUAAAGAAAACGUUGAAAAAGUAAACUUUUGGUCUCUCAUGAGUAACGGUAAAAUUAAUACAUUUAAGGGAAAAAGUAGCAAAAACGCAGAACAGUCAGGUUCCGGAACUCAUGAACUGCCUACAGUAUCGGAAUAUGAAACACCUCCCCCACCCACAUCUUUUCAAGAAUAUGUAAGAACUAAUUUGAAUAUGAAGCAACCAACAAUAAUUCCUUAUUUUGAAAUAAAAAAGUAUGAAAAACCAAUUCAUUCGAAAAGCGUAUCGAACCAAGAUUUAUUUGGAUUAUCUAACGUUGAAAAACCACCACCACAGGAUAAAAAUGCAAAAGUAUAUGGGCAAUGGACUAGCUCACAAUUUGCUAAUAGUGUAUUAAAUUAUAUUAAAAGUUUUAAUAACCAAUAUAAAGACAAGAGAAGGGCUCCAUCGACAAUACCACUAAUUAAGUUCUCAGAUUCGUUUCCUUAUGCGUCCGAAUUCAAGUUAACUAAAGUUCGACCGCCUUUUAGCGAGCAAAGAAGAAAUAUAUUGAACAAACGUAUUGAUAAACGCGACGUUAAACAGCCAGAAAUCAACGUUAAAAUACUGCACGAUGACAUUAGAAGUCAAAUAUUAGAGACCCAUUCUAAGACUCAGGCACAAAAUGUCAAAGUUAUAAAUCGUGGUAUUAUUGAUAGUAGUAAAGAACAUAGAAUUUAUAGAGAUAACGAUAAUCAAUUUUCGUACGAAACUUUAAAACCACGGCCCUUCAGGGCUGCGUCUAAAAUAAACUCACAUAAAAUACCAACCCCGUUAAAUCUUUACCGAAAUAGAGAUUUCAUGACUAAACUCCCCUUUUUAAAAUCAACAGAAUACUUUAUAGAGGGAAAGUACAGUAAGCAAGACAGUAGUAACAAUGAUAUGUAUACCAAGAGCUUAUCAAAUGCGAAUAAAUGGCACAAUGUCAAAUCUCUUAAUAACGAUUAUACACCACGACAUAUAAAUAUGGAAUCAGAUGAAAAUCAGGUCACUAUCGAUUCGAAAAUAGUCGAAGUGAAUAAAAAAUAUCCCUCAGUUAGAUUAAAAUAUAUGCCACAAAAUCAUAAAGUAGUUAAAAAUGUUGAUGAAGAAAAUAUUUUGAAUGCUCGUGCUUUGGCUACGGAGACAUCUAAUUUAUCAAAUACGCACAGCGAUUCAGUCUCUAUAUUGAAAUAUAAUCAUGGUUUUUUGCCUACGUAUGACAAAAGGAAGAAGCUUGAUACUAAACAAAUACUGGAUUUUAAAAAUAACGAUGACGAUAGGAAUAAGAUUAAAAACACUAACAAUUUUAACUAUAAUGUAAAAAUAGGAAACGCUUUGAAUGAAAAGUUUAUUAUCGGACGUAAUGAACAGCAAAAUCAAAUGAGCUUUGUUGGAGGAGAUGAAAAAAUUCCAGAUAUUAAUAGGUACAGAUCCGAUAUUGAUGAAAAGGGUGAGAAAGUGCCUCCUUCUCUCGGGCCUAAAAUUUGUAAAAACGUUGAAUUAUACGAUCGAUUAUUUUACAUUCAGCCUGAUGGGAGUGUUGAUGUUACACAAAUACUAUCCCCAGUUAAAGAAAAAAAUCUAGCCAUAGAGUUUAUUGCACAAAACUACAAAAAGUGCUCUUUAGAAGAAUCUAUAUUUAAAAACAGUCCUUUGUUAUUUAUUGAUUGGAGUACCACACCUGUUAGACUUUUUGGAGGAUCGUAUCCUAAGAAAACAAAAGAUUUGUGUGGUUUCUUUUAAGACAAUGUCAAAAAUAUUUAUUGUAUUUAACGUUAUAAAAGAUAUUUGAAUAUCAAUAUUAUAUUAAUUUUGUUGUUA